AGCGCACAGCUGCACAACGCUGCUCAAACUCCGAGCGGCCCGACCGGCUGACUGACUGACUGACGCUGCUGUGCCCCGUGAAAGCGGCACUCUGAUUGGGCGAGGCCACAUCCACCUGCUGGCUCACAGUCGCUACUACCGACACCUAUUCAUGAUCAUCCGAACUGAGGCGCUGGAGCUGGAAACACGGGCUUUGGGCUCGGGAUGACGUGUUCCGAGCCAUGCUUUGGAAUGAGGAAUGCCGUUCCGCUAACUUUUCACCUCAGCCGCUUCCACGUCCUCUGGAGUCUGGAGCAGCCGGACAGACACUUUCACCGUUCAUCAUCUCUCUCCUGUCAGACUGCUGCGCCAUGGCUCCUCUCAUCCGGUCACUGAUAUUAUCGAUCAAGGGCUCCUCUGUCUAUCUCUGUCUGACUCACUUAUCUCUUACAGGGCAAACUCGAGAAAAAUGAGGCGACGUCAAACUGUUAAAACAGAAAAGCAGAGUUCAUUUAUCCUGAAACUAUCGGCGAUCUCUCAGCAGCAGAAGAAUGGCAAAGAGAAAAGAGACACAGCAGAAAACCGACACAAAGAAGCCGAAGCAGAUUGCAAAGAAGAAACCGGCAUCCAAAACACAGAAAACCAAAGAAAAUAGUAAAGUGGACAAAAACAACCGCAAAAACUCAAAGGUAGCAUCUCGUGCGUCCAGAAAGGUAAAAGCUUCCUCUGAUGAGAGGACAAGCAAAUACUUCCAGGAAAGUGAAGUUAAAACUGAAGAGCCAGAGGACAUGAGUGACCACAGUGAGGAGAUGAGCCCCAAGCUCAUAGAGCACUCAUCACCAUCAAAACAAGUCAAAGACGAGGAAGAGAGUGAAGAUGAGGAGGACUGGGAGGAAGUGGAAGAAAUGGCCGAACCGCUGGGUCCUGUGAACUCGACUGAACUGGCAGUUGUGUCAAAACCUGUGGAGAUUGAGAUCGAGACUCCAGACAUGGCUCGCAAGAGGCAGAGGAAGGAGAAAAGAAAAGCAGAGUUUGAAACUUACCUGCGUCGAAUGAUGAAACGAUUUAACAAGGACGUGUUGGUGGAUACCCACAAGGUCCACCUGCUUUGCUUGUUGGCCAGCGGUGUGUUCCGAAACAGACUGUGCUGUGAGCCUGACCUGUUAGCUCUCGCUUUGUCAAUACUGCCUGCCCAUUUUACCACACUUGCCAAGAAACGCACAAACAGUGGCUUCCUGGAAGGGAUUCUCAAAUGGUUUCAAGCAACGUUCACAUUAAACCCGGCCUUACCUGAGGAGAAAGGGGUGGAUUUGAGGACGGUGCUGGAAAAGCGAAUUGACUGUUUAUCAGCAAGGGACCAUGAGGAGAUGACCUAUCUGUUCUUAUUGGUGCUGCGGUCAUUGCGAAUCUUCUGCCGGUUGGUUCUAUCACUGCAACCUCUUCCUCUGAAGCCGCCGCCUGCCAGCAAGAACAAGACCACGCCUACCAAGAGCUCUUCAGAAAAAGAUCAGUCUGAGAAAUCCUCCCCGGAGCCCAAGAUAUCUCCUGGAUCCAAACGUCCUUCAUCAGCCCGUAAAGCUGCUGUAAAAGAGGAAAGAGGCGGAAAGAGAAAGAAAAAGAAAGAGGAAGGUGAAGAGAAAGAGGCAGCAGGAGGACAGAAACCCAAAAACAGCAGAAGAAGAAGUGUAGCCUCAAAAGUGUCGUACAAAGAAGUCAGCAGCGAGGAGGAGGAGGACCAGAGUGAGGAAGAGUUUCAGCCAUCCAAUGAGGACAACAGUGAAGACUCUGACGGGGCCAUGAAAGUAUGCAGAAAGUCAAAGGUGAAAGGAAAAGGUCGGGCUCCUCGGAGGGCGAGCAAGGUUAAACAGGAGGAGGAAAGCGAAGAGGAGGAAGAGGAGGAGGAGGAGGAGGAAGAAGAAGAGAAGGAGGUGAAGAAACAACGACGUAAAAGAAAGGAGGGAAAAGGGGUGGAUGAGUGGUUGGAGGUUUAUUUGGAGAGUGCUGGGCAGUGGGUGUGUGUCGAUGUGGAUCAAGGUGUUGGCCAACCGCAGCUAUGCUCCGAUCAGGCCACUCAUCCGAUAACUUACGUGGUGGGUGUUGAUGACGAAGGGUACCUGAAAGAUCUUAGCAGCAGGUAUGACCCCACAUGGCUGACGGCUUCGCGUAGACGCCGCGUCGACUCAGAAUGGUGGGAGGAGACUAUGGAGCUCUACAAGUCUCCAGAUACUGAAAGAGGACAGAAGGAGGAUCAGGAGAUGCAGGCAAAGUUAUUAGACAAGCCGUUGCCGACAUCCAUUGCAGAAUACAAGAACCAUCCGUUGUACGCUCUAAAGAGGCAUUUGCUAAAAUACGAGGCCUUCUACCCUGCUACAGCUGCUGUCCUGGGGUACUGCAGAGGAGAGCCAGUUUACUCACGAGACUGUGUGCACACGCUCCAUUCUAGAGAUACCUGGCUGAAGGAAGCAAGAACCGUUCGACUAGGAGAGGAGCCAUACAAAAUGGUGCUUGGUUUUUCCAACCGAUCUCGUAAAGCCAGGAUGAUGUCCGAGCAGAAAGAUGUCAAAGAUCUGCCUCUCUUUGGAGUCUGGCAAACUGAAGAGUACCAGCCUCCAAUCGCCGUUGAUGGCAAAGUGCCACGAAAUGAGUUUGGGAACGUAUACAUGUUUAAGUCAUGCAUGUUACCAGUUGGAUGUGUUCACCUUCAUUUGCCAAAUCUACACAGAGUGGCUCGAAAACUGAACAUAGACUGUGCUGCAGCAGUGACGGGUUUUGAUUACCAUUGUGGAUUUGCACAUGCAGUUAACGAUGGCUAUAUUGUCUGCGAGGAACACCAAGAAAUCCUGAAAGCAGCCUGGGAAAAUGAGCAAGAUAUCCAGCAAAAGAAAGAACAAGAGAAACGUGAGAAGCGUGCAGUGGCUAACUGGACUCUGCUGGUCAAAGGCCUGUUGAUAAAAGAGAGGCUGAAGCGUCGCUAUGGUCAACAGGGGCUGGCAUCAGGGGCGGGGCUUACGCAAGGAAAAGAAGGUGGGGCUGAAGGACUGUCCUCAGAUGAGGAGGAAGAGGGCGGGGCUCAGACAGCUCCACCCUCUCUAGCUACAUCAUGGCCGCAGAACAGGCAAGAGGAACAAGAGGAAAAGAUCGUUAGGCGUGUAACUAGACGAGAAAAACGUGGAGAGGAGAAACAUCUCUUCCCUUUUGAAAAAGUUUGAUUAAAUUGGCUCCUUACUAUUUCACUUUCCUUAUCCUCCUUUUUAUAUGCAUUUAUAAGCAUGUAUUGUCUGUAACUGUGAGCUCUACUGUACAUCGUUAGCCCCAACCAUUUUAUAACUGAAAUAGCUGCAUAUGCAGGGAAUUUUGAAAAUGUCAAACAUUUGUUCAUUUUCAUUUUCAGACUGUAUAUUUGUUUUUGUAUCAAAAUAACAUAUUUUUAUAGAACAUGCUGUUGAAAAAACAUCCAAAUAAACAAAUGCUAUGUUGCAGCUUUUUGGGUCUGUGAAUUAUGAGUUCCAAAAAUGUCUUUCUCUUCUUCUAGGUGUCAUCUGGUCAUGCACACAGUAGUAUUUUUGUCUAUUAUCUGGGAAAACAAAUUCAGUUUGGAGGUAUCUUGACACCAGGUUAUAGAGUUCAUAUAUUAGCACAUUAUUUACCAUUUUAAACUCCGCUUUAAAUAACUUCAGUUACUAUUAAAGUUGCAUUGAAAGAGAAAGAGCUUCAUGUUUCCAAAUCUUUUGAUCAUGUAUAUCAGAGUG